AUGUUUUGUGCAUCUACUCAAAAAGAAACCUCCUGUGUCACAACCUGCACUGCAGAGCAAGUCAGGAACAAAGCCGUAGUAUCUUGUGUAUGUAUCUCUGCUCCAGAAAUGUCUGGUGAGGCUAACUUUGGCAGACUGCUUCCUGUUGAUCCAACCACUCCUGCGUCAGGAUCCAACAGAGACAAUAAGGAGGAGGCUACGGUAAAGGACUCGAAGAUUCAUGGUUUGUUCGCUACUCACCUGUGGAAAGCUAGUUCCAAUAAUACUCACUAUUCCAACUUCUCUUGCAUGAUGUCGCAUGCACCGUCUGCACUUCUCACGCUGUCAUCUCCUCUAAAUUGCGCAGCAACCCAUUCUUCAAACCAGCCCCCAAAGUUUAGAACCCCCCAACAAUUCCAGUUCAAACAUUGA